AUGAAAAACAAAAAGAGCGAGAAUAUUCUUCAUGCUACAGCCAAGGGUGGGGAUAACAACACUGUCCAAUGCAUACUCAAGGAAUGCGGUGAGCCCGUCUUCAAGAAGCUGGCGAAUUUGAAAGAUAUCAGUGGAAACACACCCCUUCAUUUGGCAUCGAUGAACAACCAUUGCCAAGUUAUGCUCUCUUUGGUGAGGAACCAAAGAAGUGACGUCAAGCUUCUGAACAAUGACAAAAUGACCGCCCUGGAUGUGGCCAUGAAUCCCGAAAGCUGGUCAUCGCCGUUACUAGCACGUGCAAUUUUAUUUAAAGCUGGUGUCCGUAUAAGGCAGUGGCCACUCGUGGCCACAGUCACGUUCACUGCCGGCUUCACCUUGCCUGGUGGAUAUAAUGCUUCCGGUGAUCCACACCCAGGAACAGCAGUCAUUCUGCACAACCCUGUGUUUCAGGUUUUUGUAAUUUCGGACAUGUUAGCCAUGCAUUGUUCCAUCCUUGGGGCCGUAAGCCUCCUCUGGGCUCACAGCAGUGAUCCCAACGUAGCAGAAGAAAGUUACCUCUUACGAGCGCUACUAUUGUUGAUGGCUCUCUCCUUCACGACGGUGGCAUUUUGUGCAGCCGUAACGGUAGCAGUGAGCAAACUUAUAUGGCUCACGACCCUUGUUGUGUACCUGACAUGCGUUUACCUCCCAAUAUGCGUACUGGCUUUAGCAGCCUUUAUAUUCCCACAAUCCCCACCUGCUAAGCUUCUAUUUUUCAUUUAUUAUCUAGCUAUGACCAACCAGGAUCACCAGUCCGGCGAUUAG